AUGCUUAAAGAUGUUCAUGGCGUUGAGCAUUUCUCAGAAGGAGCUAAAGGACACAUUGCAACCGAGUUCUAUCGUGAUUUAUUCAUGAGCACAAACCCCUCUGACCUCCAAAGUCUUUUUACAGGCUUUACUGCAAAAGUCACAAGAGAGAUGAAUGGAAUGCUUUGUAAGGAGGUCUCAACUGAUGAGAUACGGAAAGCAGCAUUUUCAGUCAGAGGCAGUAGUGCUCCAGGGGAGGAUGGUCUUACUGGUGUUUUUUACCAAAAAUACUGGCACAUUGUUGGUCCGCAGUUAUCUGCGGAGAUACUUGGCUUCUUCAAUAGCUCGGUGAUCCCUUCAGGCUGGAAUCAUACACAGUUGAGUCUCUUGCCCAAGAUACCGAAUCCUACUCAGAUGGGAGACAUGAGGCCGAUCAGUCUUUGUUCCGUUCAGUACAAAAUCAUUUCAAAGAUUUUAUGUGAUAGGCUCAAGUGUAUAUUACCAGAUAUCAUCUCAGACACACAAGGUGCUUUUGUUCAAGGGCGUUUAAUCUCCGAUAACAUUGUUAUUGCCCAUGAAUUCGUUCAUGGCCUGCGAACCAAUGCAUCUGUGUCUAAGGAGUUCAUGGCAAUUAAAACUGACAUGUCCAAAGCUUAUGACAGAGUUGAAUGGUGUUUUAUGGAGGAGCUUCUUGAGAAAAUGGGUUUUGAUCGUGUCUGGGUCCGCUGGGUGAUGGCUUGUAUCACUUCAGUCUCAUACUCUGUGCUACUUAACGGGAGAUCCCAUGGUUUUAUCAAACCGGAACGGGGAAUAAGACAGGGCGAUCCUUUGUCACCUUUUCUCUUUAUUCUCUGUGCAGAGGCACUGGUUAGUAAGCUUAACCAUGCUGAAGAAAGUGGUAGACUAACUGGAAUUGGGCUCUCGGCUAAUGGUCCUAGGGUUCAUCACUUGCUUUUUGCCGAUGACAGCCUGUUGUUGUGUAAAGCUAACGAACUCGAGGGUACAGAAAUUAUGAAUUGUCUCAAGGAGUAUGGGGAUGCUUCUGGCCAGAGAAUUAAUUUCCAAAAGUCCUCGGUCAUUUUCGGGUCCCAAGUACUAGACUCGACGAAAGCAAAUGUCAAGCGAGUGUUGGGGAUUGAUAGAGAAGGAGGAGAAGGCACCUAUCUGGGGCUUCCUGAGUGUUUCAAAGGGUCCAAGAGAGAGCUGUUGAGUUUUAUUAGAGAGAAGCUUCAAUCUAGACUGCAUGGAUGGUUCGCUAAAACUCUAUCAUUGGGAGGAAAAGAGGUUUUACUUAAGUCUGUGGCCAUGUCACUCCCGGUCUACGCUAUGUCUAUGUUCAAACUUCCAAAAGACGUGUGUGCCAAGAUCACAAGUGCCAUGACAGAAUUUUGGUGGGGAGGAGGCAAUGGGAAACGCAAGAUUGCUUGGGUCUCUUGGAAGAAACUUUGUAAGCAGAAGAAAGAAGGGGGUCUUGGAUUCCACGAUAUUGUUAAAUUCAAUCAGUCCUUACUUGGGAAGCAAGCUUGGAGGAUCAUGAGCAACCCUAACUCACUAGUAGCCCGGGUGCUUAAGAGUAAAUACUUUCCGAACGUGGAUUUUCUCCAAAGUAGUCUGGGGUCUCGUCCUUCUUACGCCUGGAGGAGUAUCCUGCACGGAAGAGACGUGUUGAGUAAAGGUCUAGUAAGAGACAUUGGGAAUGGGGAGCGAUCAAAUGUAUGGUCAGUGAAUUGGAUCAUUGAUCCAAUCCCUAGAACACCAAAUUAUAGGCAAGAUAGUAUUGUGGACUUGACGCUAAGAGUUUCUGAUCUGCUACUCCCCUUAUCUUCUUCUUGGGAUGCAGCACGUGUUAGAGAAGCCUUUACUGAUCAUGAUGCGGAGAUCAUAUUGCGCCUUAAGCCAAACAGGAACAAAGAGGAUGGGUACAAGUGGGGUUUCACUAAAAAUGGGGAAUAUUCUUCACGUAGUGGGUAUAAAUUCCUAGACUCCCUACCUGACGAGAAUGGGCUUAUCCAACCUUCGCUGCCACCCCUGGAGAAAAAGCUUUGGAGUUCGUUAUGGAAGAUCAAAGCUCCGGCUAAAAUUAAGCAUUUCCUUUGGAAAGCACUCUCUGGUGCUGUGGCGGUUAUGGAUAGACUUCGGAGCAGGGGAAUUCAGGUUGACACUACGUGCAAAGUGUGCAAUAGUGGUAUCGAGACAAUCUGCCAUCUUUUGUUUACUUGCCCAAUGGCCAAAGACACUUGGGAACGGUCAGCUAUUACACUACCGGCUGCAGGUUUCUCUACCAAUUCUGUCUUUCUCAACAUAUAUCAUCUGUUAGAGCAGAGUAAGAAAUUUCCAAAGAACUUGAACGUGAACUCUUUUCCUUGGAUCCUUUGGCAUCUAUGGAAGGCGAGAAAUGGACUGGCUUUUGAGAGGAUUCAGUACUCCUCUGUGUUUGUUGUAACUCGGGCUAAAGAAGAAGCUAAUGUGUGGUUUGAGGUUAACUCUCCAAGAAUUGAGGCAUCACAAGUACCUCACCCUACUGGUGAUAGUGUUAGCUCUUGGGCUAAACCCCCUACGGGUUUCUUGAAAUGCAAUGUGGGAGUCUCUUGGGUAAGUCAACAUGUGCAUUGUGGUGUUGCUUGGAUCUUACGUGACAAUAAAGGCAAAGCUAUCCUUCACAGUCGGCGUGCCUUCUCUAAUGUUAAGUCACAGCGAGAUGCCGAGCUCCUAGGCCUUCAGUGGGCAGUCAAGGACAUGGUCAACACCCAUCAACACAACAUCAUUUUUGACUCCUCGUGCGGGUUGGCAAGGGAUACUUUCCUCAAUAUCUCAAAUCACAUAGAGCAGGCUCCUAUUACAAACGAGAUCAAGUACAUGUUGUGCUCGCUGCAAGAUUGGAGUUUUCAUCAUUCUGAUCAAAGGAAGAAUACUAUUGCGCAAGAGAUAGCAGUUAGUGUAACAUCGGACCAUCGUUACCAUUCUUACAUAGCUGUUGGUGCACCGUCUUGGUUAUCUCGGAGGGUGGCUAGCGAGGCUAUGGCUUAA